UCGUUCGUCUGCCCAAUCUCUGCAUUCGAGCAGGAUAUGCCGCACUGUCUGUGCUCCGUACCCGCACUGGCAUUGCUCGGUAUCGGUCUUGUUGAUAGUGUGGAGGUAUGCGCGGAGGCCGAUCUUGCCUGUUCGCAUUUGCGUAAUCGCCGAGCUGAUCGCUCUGUG